UAUUGUGCAAUGUCUAGUCAACGUCUCUUGUUGUCCGACUUUCUCUCACAUUAUAAUGACGAACGUCAACAAUUGUGUCGACUGCUUGACUUGAAGAUGGAUGGGAAAGACUGGCGAAGUGUUGCUGGUAAUCUUGGCUUCACAUGGACAGAUGUCAUGCUGAUAGACCAAAAAGAAAGAGAACCGACCGCUCAAGUGCUUUUGAGAUACUCAAUGGAGAAUUCAAAGGCAACCGUAUUUGAUCUGCAUACUAUACUAAGGAAACUGUCGAGAGAAGAUGCUAUGGAUGUGUUGGAGGCAGUGGGAUUUGAUGUGACCGCGCCCACGCUAGAGGACACACAGGAUUUCUACGUGCCAUCCGAAUCGAGCAGUGAAGAGUCAGCAUUAACAGAUUCUACCACACAGUUUUUUCCUGGUCAAGAAGAAGGAGAUGACGAAACUGCAAUGAUUAAAGACAUGAUUGCUGAAUUUGGUGUGCUUAAUUUGUUUGAUUUAGACAAGCCAGUAAUAGGGAAAGUUGCUCUCCUGAUUGGCAAUCAAAAUUACGAAGCCAAAUGCUUAGAAUUGAAGACUCCUCAUCGCGAUGUGAGAGAUUUAAAGAAGGUUUUAGAAGACAUGGACUUCAAGACAAUGACUCUUGUUGAUCUAAGAAGAGAUGAAAUGCGGCAAGCAAUUUUGAGUUUUACCACAUUUCUUGACCGCCAAAUGUAUGCCGUUUUCUUCUUUGGCGGUCAUGGGUUUGAGGGGCAUAAUCCAGUCACAGGAGAUGUGGAAAACUUUCUUAUUCCUGUCGAUGCUCCUGACACUUGUUCUCCCGAACACUGUAUCAAGCUGCAGGAAGACGUUCUCGAUACAAUUCAGGAAUGCAACACUGCCAUGAACCUGAUUAUUGCUGAUACAUGUAGAACAUGGAAAGCUCCACAGGCUGCAUUGUCUGCAGACUCCUUGAAACAAAAAACUCGACGUUCGAUCAACCUAAGAUCCAAGGGAAACACAGUGUUUGCUUUUUCAACCUGUUCUGCCAAAAAAGCAUACGAAGCACAGGUCAACGCUUCUGAUGACUCUCAAUGCAACAGUAUAUAUGUCAAGUAUCUUAAGCAACACCUAAUGCUUGAUGAUCCAGUAGAGCAGAUCUUGAAGAAGACAGCAAGAGCUAUGGUAGCGAGACACAGUGGCAUCCAGAUCCCGGUUAUUGUCACUAAUUUGAUCAGAGACUGCAAGUUGACCGACCGCGUUGUUCCAGACGAACACACAAGACAUCAACUGAUCAGAUGGACACAAAUAACAGAGCUUCCUCGCUAUAAUCCUUUCUCAUUGAAAGGAUUUCUCUUUACUCCAAAGUUUUGUCUGAAAUGCCACAAUGUGCUCUUGAUGGUGCUUUUUGUGGAAAAUACAAACAACUUUGCAGUCCGAGAUUUGAAAAUUAGGACCGGACAGCCCAAACACGGACUUCAUUUCCAGCAUGAACCUUGUGCUCCUGAUAAGUUAGCAGGCACUGAUGAUCCACCAGAUCGUCAGAGAGAUUGUGUAACACAAAUAUCAAUUGGAGGUUUGCAAAGAUUGGAGGAUGGCAUGUCACAGUUGCCUCUACCCCUAACUAUGUCAUAUUGUGACGACACAGACCAAGUUCCACCCGGCAUCACAGUGUCUCCCCAAGAAAUCACAUUCGAAAUAGAUCUCGGUAAUCCUCUGAUUUCUGCCGCAUCUGCCAAUUGGGAUGCAUUCAUCAGCAGCAGCUAUGAACAGUCUAUCGUGUCAUCGGAACAGUAGACACUAUUAGACUGAUAGUUUCUUCUUACUUUUAGUAAAAAGUUUUCAGCGAGGUUUGUUUGCAGCUAUAUUGUCGCAAACUUAUUUUAAUUAAGUGACUGGCAGUUUGCCUUUUGUAUACAACAACUGACAAGAGAUGAGUGCUUGUAUGAAGUUGCAUAAUGAAUUACGAACAGAAACAAUACCUUCGUAUCUUA